AUGACUAUCAGCGUGCUCAAAAUGAAGACCCAAAGAGCCUACGCGAAUGAUGACGAUAUCUACAAUUUUGACGAGACUGGCUUCGCGAUGGGCUUGAUAUCUACUGCUAGAAUCGUUGUACGAAGAGAUUUCUACGGUCGGAAACCUUUUUUACAGCCUGGAAAUCGUGAGUGGGUUACAGCAAUCGAAUCCAUCUCGGCAACCGGUUUCUCGCCUCCGUCAUGUAAUAUUUUUCAAGGUUCAAUAUAUGAUAUACAGUGGGCUACUGGUCUUCCUGACGACUGGCGAUUUGAAGUAUCCAAAAAUGGCUGGACUACUGAUAAGAUCAGUCUUCGAUGGCUAGAAAAACUCUUUAUUCCAGCAACUACUACACGUACGCGCGGAAGAUAUCGAUUGCUGAUAUUAGAUGGGCAUGGUAGUCAUCUAACACCACGGUUCGAUCAAAAUUGCAAAGAGAACAAUAUUAUCCCAAUUUGCAUGCCAGCACAAUCGUCUCAUCUUCUACAGCCGCUUGAUAUUGGUUGUUUUGCUAUGUUGAAACGAUCAUAUUAUCCGCGUCUAGGAUACAAUCAUAUCAACAAACGUGAUUUCCUAGAAUCCUAUCCUCAGGCUCGCCACUUCGCUGCCGCAGGCCUAGUUCCAAUCAACGCCGAGCGAGUCCUGUCCAAACUCAAUAUAUCGCUUUGCGAACCAACACCACCAGCAAGCAGGCCUAGCAGCAGAUCUAGCAUUUUUACACCAAAAACACCGCAUACAGCUAAGCAGCUUGCUAAGCAAGCUUCUUCAAUCAAACGUCUACAAGACAAUGUUGAAUUUAAUAUCGGUGGAAAUGCAGCAUGUACAACUUCAGCAGGAGAGCAAAUUGGCUGA